CAGCGCGGGCCGCGGAACACGCGAUGGGCGCGGGGCCCGGGCGGGACUCAGGCGCUGCCACUGCUCCCCCCGCGCUCCGGCGCCGGGCCUCUCCGCGCGGCCUCCUUCCUCCCGCCCGCUCAGCUGGAAGCGGCGGCGGAGGGGAAAGGCGCGGCCCCACCUCGGCGGCACCUCCUCCCCCGGCAGGCGCGGGCGGAGCCGGGCCCGCCUCAGCCGGCUGCGGCGGGAGCAACGCAGCGCGGCGCCGCGGGCAGCGAGCUCCGCAUUCGAACCUCCCUCGCAAAGACAGUCUCCGCCCCACAAUGCACUGCGGCGGGCAGCCUUUGAAAAAGCGGCGCGGCUCGUUCAAGAUGGCGGAGCUCGACCAGUUGCCUGACGAGAGCUCUUCAGCAAAAGCCCUUGUCAGUUUAAAAGAGGGAAGCUUAUCUAACACAUGGAAUGAAAAGUACAGUUCUUUACAGAAAACACCUGUUUGGAAAGGCAGGAAUACAAGCCCUGCUGUGGAAAUGCCUUUCAGAAAUUCAAAACGAAGUCGACUUUUUUCUGAUGAAGAUGAUAGGCAAAUAAAUACAAGGUCACCUAAAAGAAACCAGAGGGUUGCAAUGGUUCCACAGAAAUUUACAGCAACAAUGUCAACACCAGAUAAGAAAGCUUCACAGAAGAUUGGUUUUCGAUUACGUAAUCUGCUCAAGCUUCCCAAAGCACAUAAAUGGUGCAUAUACGAGUGGUUCUAUUCAAAUAUAGAUAAACCACUUUUUGAAGGUGAUAAUGACUUCUGUGUAUGUCUGAAGGAAUCUUUUCCUAAUUUGAAAACAAGAAAGUUAACAAGAGUAGAAUGGGGAAAAAUCAGGCGGCUUAUGGGAAAACCACGGAGAUGUUCUUCUGCAUUUUUUGAGGAAGAGAGAUCAGCAUUAAAACAGAAACGGCAGAAAAUAAGGCUCUUACAACAAAGGAAAGUUGCAGAUGUUUCACAAUUCAAAGAUCUCCCAGAUGAAAUUCCUUUGCCUCUGGUUAUUGGAACCAAAGUUACAGCACGAUUACGUGGUGUUCAUGAUGGUUUGUUCACUGGACAGAUAGAUGCUGUGGAUACUCUUAAUGCUACUUAUAGAGUAACUUUUGAUAGGACAGGGCUUGGUACCCAUACCAUCCCUGAUUAUGAAGUUCUUAGUAAUGAGCCUCAUGAGACAAUGCCAAUUGCUGCCUUUGGACAAAAACAGCGGCCUUCUCGAUUUUUUAUGACCCCACCACGUUUACAUUAUACUCCUCCUCUCCAGUCACCAAUUACAGAUAAUGAUCCUUUAUUAGGACAGUCACCAUGGAGAAGUAAAAUUUCUGGCUCUGACACUGAAACGUUAGGUGGUUUUCCAGUAGAAUUUCUUAUACAAGUGACCAGAUUAUCAAAAAUUCUCAUGAUUAAAAAGGAACAUAUCAAGAAAUUAAGGGAAAUGAACACAGAAGCAGAAAAACUGAAAUCAUAUUCCAUGCCCAUCAGCAUUGAAUUUCAGCGGAGAUAUGCAACUAUUGUUUUAGAGCUUGAACAGCUGAACAAGGACCUAAAUAAAGUUUUGCAUAAAGUUCAACAGUAUUGCUAUGAGCUUGCUCCAGACCAGGGGCUGCAGCCAGCAGAUCAGCCGACAGAUAUGAGACGCAGGUGUGAGGAAGAAGCACAGGAAAUUGUUCGGCAUGCAAAUUCCUCAACAGGACAGCCCUGUGUUGAAAAUGAAAAUCUGACAGACUUAAUCUCCAGGCUUACAGCUAUUUUGUUACAAAUUAAGUGUCUAGCUGAAGGAGGAGACCUGAAUUCCUUUGAAUUCAAAUCACUUACAGACUCAUUAAAUGAUAUCAAGAGUACAAUAGAUGCUUCUAAUAUCAGCUGCUUUCAGAAUAAUGUAGAAAUCCAUGUUGCACAUAUUCAGAGUGGCCUGAGCCAGAUGGGAAACUUACAUGCCUUUGCAGCAAAUAACACCAACAGAGACUGAGGAGAAGAUUUCAUUAUUCCAACUGCACAGGACAUUGUUCUUUUCCUUUAUAUAGGCUUCCAACACCAAAUAACCUAACUGCUGGAAAACAAGGGAAAUUUAAAUCUCCAAAUAAGGCAUUUUAAUAGACUGUAUUGCUUCUUAAACCAGCAUUGCUGACCAGCAUUAUAUUUAUUUUUCUUUUAUUAUUCAAAUGCAGUAGCAUUGCUUAUGUUACAUAUGUUUAUAUUAGCAAAUAUUUUUAAUGAAAAUAUCUGAACAUAAUAUAAUUUCAUUGAAGAAUGCAUUGACCAUUUUUUUUAACGUGCAUGAAUUCACCGCAACACAUGGAGACAACUCAGACAACUGCUGCCAUGGAGAGUCGGAAGAAACCUGGUCUUUUUGUUCAUGUCGGUGGCAAUGUGGAAAUUCCAUCCAGAAAAUUACAACUCCACUUGAUUCAGUUAAUCACCAUCUCAGUCUUCAAAAGAUAACAUCAUGAAGUGUGGGAAGUCCUAGUUUUAAGGAAAGCCACUGAAAUAUAGAUGGGAAAUACGGACUUUACAGGUAUAUGUGAUAUAUACUUGCAAUGUGACAUGGUUCUAUAGAUCAUUUUAUAAUAAUAAAUAUUUAAAUUUAUCAUAACUUAUAUAAAAGAAACCUUUGUUUUUUGUCUGUUGAAAUAAAAUGAAGGAAUAGGGAAAAAACAUAACUGCAAAAUGCUAAAUUUCUGCAAAUGGAUUUGGCAUACCUUCCCAUCAGUUCAGGUCAAAAGUGCUAUUGUUAUGAGAUUUAUUUAAAAAAAAAAAAAAAAGACUGAUAACACACUAUUUUCAUAUUUUUUUUUUGUUUAUUUGCACAACUUUUAAACCAGAUUACUGGUUAAAAUCCAACAGUACACAAUUUGUAAAGUAAAAAGAUUUUAUAAGGAAAACAAAUAUAAUAACCAGUGCUGUGAAAUGCAGAAGAAAGGUUUGUUUUGAUUGUUUUUCUUUUUUAGGAAAAUCCCUAAAAUGUUAAUCUUGUAAAAAGUAUGUAUUUGGAAUUUUCUUUGUUUUAAUAUAGAAUAUUAUAAAGUCAAAAUAUAAUAAAUUGUUUUCAAAUUUGGAGUUUAAGAUAUAGCUGUAGAGGUGAUUUUAAUUCCUUUAGAUGUCUCAUCAAAUGAGACUUUUUAUAUGUUAAUGUAUAAUAAAACUGAAACAAGAUUAUUUUCCAUUUGAAAUUUUUGUAUAGUUUAAAAAUGCUUCCGUAUUCUUUGUUGGUAUUGUGCCACUGCAGAACUUUAGUGCAGAGUUUAUAUUUAGCUAAACUGUUAUGUUAAUUAAAUGCAUAAAUCUUCUAUUCUUAAUAUUUGUAAUUCUAAAUAAAUUGAUCUAUGAAAAUUAA